AUGGCAGGACCUUCCCGCGGAAGAGGAGGCCGGCGAGGUUUCUGUGGUCGGCGAUUUGAACCAUACGCUACUAGAGCACACCGACCACGAGGAGUUCGUAUCGCUAAAUACCAUAGCCCUCCAAAUGAAGAUCAUGAGUCAGGAUCGGAUGACUCAACUCAGCCUCCGAGUCAUCCAUGGGAGCCACCAUGUCCCAUUUCGAUGCCCCCACCCGAGCCGAGUAGAGAGCCCUCACCUGUAAGAGAACCCCCACCUAACGGGGACAAUAUUGCUUUGGUUGUGACCCCACCGAAUGGAGAUAAUAUUGGUACAGUUGUGACCCCACCCAACAGAGAAAAUAUCGAUGCAACUGCCCCCACAAUGCCUACCUCGAACAUGGAGCAGCCCAAACGGAAACGUGAGCCAGCUAAGUGUAUUGCGUUCGAGAUGUUGAGAAAGUAA